AUGGAGAAUAAGGCGAGGCGGCGGCACGUGCCGGCGUUCGGGGAGUCGAACUACAACAACAACAACUACUCCUCCUCGACGUCCUCCCCAGACGCCGCGGCAGCGGCAGCCGAGUCCUCCUGGUGGUACGCGCCGGAGCCCGGGGCCGCCUGCAGCGACGUCUGGUUCAGGUACUCCCCGCCCGCCCGUAGGCCGCCGCCGGCGCCUAAGAAGGCGCGGCGGAGGCCGCCGGAGACCACCGCGGGCGGCGGAACCGUCGUCGUCGCUGUCGCUGUAGCUGCUGCUGCGGAACACAAGAGGGCGGUGGCGCUGGCCCCGGCCCCGGCCAAGGGCGUCCACCGCAGGGUGGAGGUGAGGCCCGUCGACGAGGACCUGUACCGGGUGCCGCCGCCACCGGACGACGGCCAUACCACUGCUGUCUCCCACCUUCCAAGGCGGCCGAAGAGGGCGGCGACGAGGAGCUUGUGGAUGGGUUGCUUGGGCCUCAACUGCGUCGCCUCAAGCUAGUAGCUAGGAGUACCAUUAAUGCAAUGCAGCAUGUACAUGCUCUAAACCCUAGGAGUACUAUGCUAGUAUAUGGCGCCGUACGGAAUAUGAUGACAAGUAUAGUAGCUAGUACUACUAGAGUGCUCUGUGCUCUUCAAAAUUUUCAUGUUUUGCUUCCUCUCGUACGUGUUCGUUGUUAGCUCACUCUCACUGUAUUGUAUGCCAUACUGGCAGCAUGAAGAUUAGAGGAGCAGUACUAGCUUAGUAGUAGUAGCCUACUGCUAUGUGUGGAUUGCAGCAUCUUGCUAGUAGCUCCUGGUCUUUUUGAACUGACAAAUAUAUUGCUCCUGAUC